UGAGACACCGGUUGAUGCUGUGGAUCACUCCUAUGGACCACUCCGUAUCACUCCUGUAUCCUGUAGCCUAUGGAUCACUCCGUAUCGCAUCACUGAACAAAAAGACGCGGCUCUCCCAAGACGUAGAAUUCGGAACAAAACUUGCCAAUUACGUCGAAGGAACAGGUGCAUUGCAAAAGUGAGAUCAGCUCUUUCCCUUGUCCUCAUUGGGGACGUCGUUCAACGUUCAGCUGAAGCGUCCAUUUACCGAGGCCGAGCCCAGGUCGUCUAACCCGUCUCCGGUCCCCCCCGGCGGUGCCGGUCGGUCACCAUGAGCCAGAGGUUUACGGUCUCCAAGAGCGACCGGAGCGCCUCAGACGUCCAGGGGGAGGUGAACCAGCUGUUCGAAGGAGAUGAGCCGUCUGCCAGCUGCCAAGCGGACAAAGAGGUUGAAGCCACCGCCGAGGUGGUGGUGCUGAAAGGUGACAACAAUCCAAAGGAGAGCAGCCCCUUCAUCAACAGCAGCGAUGUCGCAGCAGAAAAGAGCCAGCAGUACGAUGGCAAGCACAUGGCCCUGUUUGAGGAGGAGAUGGACACCAUCCCCAUGGUGUCCAGCCUUCUCAGCAGCCUGGCCAACUACUCCAACCUGACCCAGGGCAGCAAGGAGCACGAGGAGGCGGAGAACAACGAGGCCGAGUCUUCGCGCAAGAAGCCCAUCAAGGCUCCUCAGUUGGGGACCCUGAUGGGUGUGUACCUGCCUUGCAUCCAGAACAUCUUCGGCGUCAUCCUCUUCCUCAGGAUGACCUGGUUGGUGGGCAUCGGCGGGGUCAUCGGGACCUUCGUCAUCGUAUUCAUGUGCUGCACCACGACUAUGCUGACAGCCAUCUCCAUGAGUGCCAUUGCGACCAAUGGAGUUGUGCCAGCGGGGGGCUCGUACUACAUGAUCUCCCGCUCGCUGGGUCCUGAGUUCGGAGGCGCUGUGGGGAUCUGCUUCUACCUGGGGACCACCUUCGCUGGGGCCAUGUACAUCCUAGGGGCCAUAGAGCUGCUGCUGAUCUACAUCGCCCCCAAGGCGGCCAUCUUCCCGCUGGAGGGCCUGGAGGGGGCGGAGGCGGAGGCGGCGCUGCUGAACAACAUGCGGGUGUACGGAACCCUGCUGCUCACCUCCAUGGCCACCGUGGUGUUCGUGGGGGUCAAGUACGUCAACAAGCUGGCGCUGGUCUUCCUGGCCUGCGUCAUCCUCUCCAUCCUGGCCGUCUACGCCGGGGUCAUCAAGACGGGCAUCGACCCCCCGGACUUCCCGGUGUGUCUGCUGGGGAACCGUACCCUGAUUUCGAAGAAGUUUGACGUGUGUGCCAAGACCAUGGAGUCGUCCAACGGCACCAUGGUCACCACCCAGCUGUGGAACAUGUUCUGCGACUCGCCCUUCCUCAACGCCACCUGCGACCGCUACUUCAGCGACAACAACGUCACCCGCAUCCAGGGGAUCCCCGGGGUCACCAGCGGGAUCCUAGCAGACAACCUGUUUGGGAACUACUACGAGAAGGGCGACCUGGUGGCCAACAAGGACGCGGCGUCCGUGGAGGGCGUAGACGACCCCAUGACCAACUCCAACAGCUACGUCCUCGCCGACAUCACCAGCUUCUUCACCCUGCUGGUCGGCAUCUACUUCCCCUCCGUGACAGGAAUCAUGGCUGGCUCCAACCGCUCUGGGGACCUACGUGAUGCCCAGAAGUCGAUCCCCAUCGGAACCAUCGCAGCCAUCACCACAACCUCCCUCGUCUACAUGUCCAGUGUGAUUCUGUUUGGGGCCUGCAUUGAAGGGGUGGUCCUCAGGGACAAGUUUGGGGAGGGCGUCAACGGGAACCUGGUGAUUGGUACGUUGGCGUGGCCAUCACCUUGGGUGAUUGUGAUUGGCUCCUUCUUCUCCACCUGCGGCGCAGGCCUUCAGAGUUUGACUGGAGCCCCGCGCCUGAUGCAGGCUAUCGCUAAAGACGGUCUCGUUCCCAUACUACGGGUACGAUUUCUGGUUGUUUUCUUUUCCUACUCCUCUCUCAAUCUCUCUCUCUCUCUCUCUCUCUCUCUCUCAAUAUCUCUCUCUCUCUCUCUCUCUCUCUCUCUCUCUCUCUCUCUCUCUCUCUCUCUCUCUCUCUCUCUCUCUCUCUCCCUCUGUCUCUCUCUCUCCCCCCAUCCCCACCACCCGCUCUCUGUCUCUGUCUCUGUCUCUCUCUCCCUCGGUCUCUGUCUCUCUCUCUCUCUCUACAGGGCUUUGUCCUUCCUGGGGAUGAGUUUGUGUCUUACGCUCAUGUUCCUGUGCUCAUGGUACUACGCCAUCGUCGCCAUGGUGAUCGCCGGCUCCAUCUACAAGUAUAUCGAGUUUUCGGGGGCGGAGAAGGAGUGGGGAGACGGGAUACGUGGCCUGUCACUCAGUGCCGCCCGAUACGCUCUGAUGAGGCUUGAGGAGGGACCCCCACACACUAAGAACUGGAGGCCCCAGCUGCUGGUGCUGGUGAGUAUGGACGGGGAGCAGAACGUGGAGCAGCCCCGACUCCUCUCCCUCACCAACCAGCUGAAAGCGGGCAAGGGCCUCACCAUCGUUGGCACGGCCCUGGAGGGCACCUACCUGCUGAACCACGAACAGGCCCAGCGCGCUGAGCAGGCCCUGCAUAAGCUGAUGGAGACAGAGAAGGUGAAGGGCUUCUGCCUGGCCACCGUGUCCUCCAACCUGCGCGACGCCACCUCCCACCUGAUCCAGUCCAGCGGCCUGGGCGGGCUGAAGCACAACGCGGUGCUGGUCAGCUGGCCCCGCAACUGGAAGCAGGCCGACGAGAAGCAGACCUGGAGGAACUUUGUCGAGCUGGUGCGGGAGACCACAGCGGCCAGCCUGGCCCUGCUGGUGCCUAAGAACAUCGCCGCCUUCCCGUCCAAUGGCGAGCGCUUCAGCGAGGGCCACAUCGACGUGUGGUGGAUCGUCCACGACGGCGGCAUGCUGAUGCUGCUGCCCUUCCUCCUCCGCCAGCACAAGGUGUGGAGGAAAUGCAAGAUGCGCAUCUUCACCGUGGCCCAGCUCGACGACAACAGCAUCCAGAUGAAGAAGGACCUGACCACCUUCCUGUACCACCUCCGUAUUGACGCCAUGGUUGAAGUGGUGGAGAUGCAUGACAGCGAUAUCUCGGCCUACACCUACGAGAAGACCCUGGUCAUGGAGCAGCGCUCCCAGAUCCUCAAGCAGAUCAACCUGUCCAAGAACGAGCGGGAGAGAGAGAUCCAGAGCAUCACUGACUCGUCCCGUGGCUCCAUCCGCCGCAAGAACCCUGCUGCCGUGACAACCCAGCUCAGCGUGACCGAGGACCAACCAGGAGCCAGCAAGGAGGAGAAGCCAGAGGAGGAGUCAACGCCGGCCUCUCCUCCCGUCUCCCCCCCGCCCCCCGCCCCCUCCGACCAGGUGCAGCUCAUCCAUGACACCACCACCCCGGCCAGCCCGGCCACGCCCGCCACCCCGCUCACCCCCGAGGCCGUGCAGAGCCCCGGCCAGCAGGUGCAGAUGACCUGGAGUGAGAAGAGUGACGGGGAGCCCGCCAAGCCCCCGGGAGCCGCCACCCCCGAAGGAAUCAAAGACAUCUUCAACAUGAAGCCGGAGUGGGAGAACCUGAACCAGUCCAAUGUGCGUCGCAUGCACACCGCGCUCCGGCUGAACGAGGUGAUACUGAAGAAGUCGUCCGAGGCCAAGCUGGUGCUGCUCAACAUGCCCGGACCCCCCAAGAACCGCAGCGGGGACGAGAACUAUAUGGAGUUCCUGGAGGUCCUCACGGAGGGCCUCAACCGGGUCCUCCUGGUCCGCGGCGGCGGGCGCGAGGUCAUCACCAUCUACUCUUGAGAGGGUGGUCCCUCCAUCCCCCCUCCUCUCCCCCCGAACUCCCUCCCCAUCUGCCAUGCCUUCCCAAAUUCCCAAAAAAAAAUUUCUGAGUCAUUCACGGUCACACAGACUUGUUUUUCUGUUUGUUUGUGUGAUCACCCCUCCCUCAUGUUGACCUGAUGCCAGCGCAGCUUCAGAAGCCCCUCCCCCCUUCUAUUCCCCGCUGUAGACCCGUCAGCUAGAGAAACAUUGUUCCUCAUCCCCUUUAGAAUCAUCUAGACACCAUCUAGAGCACACUCCUAAAUCAACAUGUGUUUGAUCUUGAAGCUUGUUUCUUUAGCUGUUUGCAUCUUGUCGUUCAUUGAUGUGUUUAUUUAUUCAAUGAUCCGGAGCAGUGGAGCUCACCUGUCUGUAGUGGAGCUCACCUGUCUGUGGUGGUCUGUGGUGGAGCUCACCUGUCUGGUGGAGCUCAC